AUGGUUUUGCUGCAGGCUGUUGCUGGGGACCUCGCAGCCCAUAUUGCCCUGGGAAAAGAAAGAAAAGAAAAACAAAAGGAAUUAAUUCAAAAACUAAAAAGAGAAAAAGAACUUGCUGAAUGUUCCUUCAAACCCCAAACCACAAAAAUGCCAAAUUUCGGAAAACCCUCGAUGAGCCGCAGAGAGCUUCUCGCCCAGACUCAGAAGAAGAGAAAAGAAAAUGAAAAAGAAGAAAUAAAUAAAUUUGUGAAAAGAGAACUUGUCGAGGUGGACAGACACCCCGCGACUCCGCCGGAAACCCCACACUUUUUGGAAAAAGAAAAAAGAGAAAAAAAAGAAAACGAAAAAAAAGAAAAUCAAAAAAAUGAAAUAAAUGAAAAAUAUAAUUUCAACAAAAAUAAACACCAACAAAACACUUUUCAAGAGUCUCCUCGCCAACAAGUGGAUUCUUCCAAGCCCCCUGGGGGCCCCCCCUACACGUUGUGGCUGAUGCAGGAGGGGGCCCCCCCCCCUAAACCCUUUUCUUUUGAAGAGGCCCUAAGGGGGGCCCCCCUGCCUCCAGUACCCCUUGACGAGUUAUCUCCUGCUGCAGAAGGGGGCCCCCCAAGAGCAGCUAAACCCUCCCGAGAGGGGCCCCUGGGGGCCCCCAGGGGGGACCCCCGUGGGGCCCCGAGGGGGCCCCCCGAGGGGCCCUUGGGGGGGCCCCCCGGGGAGGCCCUUGGGGGGGCCCCCGGGGGGGCCCCCUGGGGGCCCCUGG